UUCAAACACUUAUUUCUCCAAAACCCUAAUAUCCCUUUGGUCCUAUAUCCCUUUUGCCUCUAGCAGUGUAGAACAUUUGAUAAUCCAGCAGCUAGCUUUGUUAAUCUAAUCUUAACAAUGGAGGGCAAUAGUAGCUCCGCACUUCCUCCUGGUUUUAGGUUCCACCCAACUGAUGAGGAGCUCAUUGUGUACUACCUCAAAAACCAAGCCAUUUCAAAGCCGUGCCCUGUUUCCAUUAUCCCUGAAGUCGAUAUCUACAAGUUUGAUCCCUGGCAGUUGCCUGAGAAAGCAGAGUUUGGAGAAAACGAAUGGUACUUCUUCACCCCCCGGGACCGGAAGUACCCGAACGGAGUCCGGCCUAAUCGAGCCACCGUGUCGGGUUAUUGGAAGGCCACCGGCACAGACAAGGCGAUUCACAGUGCGUCUAAGUAUGUGGGGGUGAAGAAGGCUCUUGUAUUUUACAAGGGUAGACCACCAAAGGGGGUCAAGACGGAUUGGAUUAUGCACGAGUAUCGGUUAAGUGACUCGAAAAAACAGACUAGCAAGCAACUUGGAUCCAUGAGAUUGGAUGACUGGGUCCUGUGUAGGAUCUACAAGAAGAAGCAUGUCAACAAGGCUUACAUGGAUCCAAAACUUGAAGAUUCAAGUCCCCAAACGGAUCAUUUUGCAGCUGCUAAUGAUGUCAAAGAGGAACAAGCAGUGAUUUUCCCGAGGACAUUUUCCGUUAGUAGCUUCUUGGACAUGGAUUACUUGGGACCAAUUUCCCAGAUUUUGAAUGAAAAUCCGACCUAUGAUUUCCAGAACAUGCUGGCCACUAAUGCAGGACUAAAUGGCCAGAUGUUUCAGUUUGGUGAUCAAAUCCCAUACCAAAGUGCAGACUCGGCAAAAUUUCAAGUGAUGAAUCAGAGUAGUAGUAGCACCUUUAACCAACCAUUAUUUGUGAAUCAGGCGUACACCAACAUGAAUGGUUUGAACCACUAACGAAUUGGAAUUCAGGGUUCGAUUCGGUUAGGAACUGUACGUGAUGGGAAAUUGGGAAUCUGUGAUAAAACAUUGUAAGAUAGGUUUGGCAAAGAGCAUUAUUUUAAUCUUGAACAAAUUGUGAAAAUGAAUCCUUAGAUAGCUUCAAUCUUAAUAAUGUUCCACUUCA